AUUUUGUAGUAUAAAAAAUAUUUCAUUAUCUAUAAUUAUUUUUGUACAUAUAUAUCUAUCUAUAUCUAUCUAUAUAUAUUCAUAUAUAAUAUAUUAUAAUAUUGAAAAUGAGGAGUUGUAGGUGGAAGUAAUAGAAAUUUCAACUAGAGUUUUCAACAAACCUUUUUAAAGUGUAUUAUUGCCUGUAUUAAGGGAUUUUCAGAGGAGACGCAAAUCGUCGCAAAUGUUGACUUCCCGUGACAUAAAAAAGUUAAUAAUGAUAAAAUAUGCAUUAGGGUCAAGGUGUUUCGAAAAAGUAUAAAGUAGCCUAAAAGUAAGGUGCGCGCGAAAGCUCUCUGUCACAGCUAUAUAGCAUGCAUGCAUGCAUUGAAAUUGUUUACUAUAUAUGCAAGCUUUCUAUCGUUUUUAUUAAAAAUUGGGGAAAUAUUUAACUACUAGUUUAUAUACAUUGAAGAUCAUAAUGGGCUUAAAAAGAUUGCAGUUUAAACGAGGAUUUGAUUUAGUUUUAGAUUUGGGUAAUCAACUAGGACAGCCUAUUUUCUGUUCGGAAGCUGACAGGAUUUUUGGAACACUAAAAUUUCAUCUAUAGUCUAUACUCUCAAUCCCACUGUUUAAUUUGCGAUUAUAAUUUAAUUUAUUAUCGAGACCACUGACGAACAAUUCCCAUUUGGAAGCCCAGACAUUGCUAAAUGUUUGACUAUUUACUUAAAGAAAUAUUUACUUAUCCAUUUUUGUCUUAUACUCGUACAACUCCGUCUCCGAUAAUUAAUUUUCCUUGCGUGCAUGCAUGUCCAUAUAAAUUGCUACUAGUGUGAGGAAACGAGCGAUAAUAACUUGCGGCUGACUUUGUUUAUCAAAAGAAUUAGUCUAUAAUUUCCAUCGCUGUAGGGAAACUGUAGAAAUUUGAGCGGUAUUUCACGUUCGCGUCGUAGAUUUGAUGAAUCUUAAACUCACUAAUGACUGAAAACACAAACAUAACUCUUAGGUCAAAUCCAAUAACAUGAGGUCGAGGAGGGAGUUGUUUACGAUUUCGGGAAGGACAAACAGCGUGCGACUUAAGUUUCAUUUCACAAAUUUGGUCAACCUUGAAAUUUGGUUUCAUGUCUACUUUAGUUUGUCUCUUAUAGAUUUUAUGAAUUUGUAUUUGAACCCAAAUUUCAACUCAUCAAUACUCAAAAGUGCGUCCGGGGGACAGGUUCAUGAAUGAUGAUGGAAAAUGCUGGAUGAAACCUUAAAAUUUAACAAAAUCAAACCUUUUAUAUACAUAUAUAUGUGCACUUGUGAACAUAUACGAGUUUUUUUAAUUAUCAAUGCCUGCAUGCCAGUGAAUGAAUGGUUACUGUAUAUAUAUGAUCGCUUGUGUUAAUUGUUAUACGUAUAUUAACUAGUCUAUUGUGAAUUAAGCUUGGCUUUGUGCAAGAGAUUAUGGCAGCGUUCCUGUGUCUUGAUUAGAUCCACGGCCGCGGCCAGUAAACAACCAACCACAGUCUUGCUGCAUAUAUAUGGAAGAUUAUAAAGUCACCAUGCACUCACCACUGUGCAUGCAUGAUUCUGCAUGAGAGAAUACCGGCUGUAGAUAAGUAUAUAUAUGUAUUCAUAGAUAACGAUCGUGUGAAAGAGAUCCCUUCAAAAGAAUGCCGCUUACCAAAUUAGCUGUAUAAUUCUACCCGAUUUUUGUAUGAAAUCAGACCUGCAAGGCUGUAUAACAUGCGUAGUUAUACUUUUGGAAUUUAUAUUAGCUUUUAAUUGAGACGACAUGCAAGUCUGACAUUGAUUCUUAUAGCUUUUUUAACAUUCUCAUUUAUUGAAACGAACAGUAUUACACUGCAAUAACAACAAUAACAAUAAGAUUUAUUAAGUUUCCUAAAGAGAAACUAAUUUACAAGAUUAAUAUAUAAAAUAUAACUAUAUAUAUAUAGGUAUAACUAUUUACAAAGACUUUUUUCGCAACACACCACCAACGCAAAAUAUCUUUAUACAGAGUAUAAACAUUCCACCCCGUGUAGAUAUAACCAGAAAUACCAGAGUUAGCAAAUCAAAUUAUUAAUCGCAUAUUUACGUUGCAUGCAUGGCCAGAAAGAAUUAUUCUAAUAUAAUAGGGACCUUAACAUUGUUAACUGUUCGAAGUUAGGGCAAUUAACUACUCGGAGGGCCGCGUGCUGUAAACGUCAAUCUUAAGAUCCCUAAUACCAAGAGCAAUUAUAGCUGUAAACCUCAUGCCUUUACGCCUUUGUCUUUAUGUAUCUUGUGGCCGGAAAUGAGUUCACAUGUUUCACGUAGCCUGCCAUUGUUAUGGCUUAAUGUUUACUAUUCUUUCUAUAAUCCCUCUAUACGCAAUUAUACCUAUGUAAUGCUUGGUUGCUUCUUCUGGAUUCUGAUGAUAUAAAGAAUAACAAUUUAAAGCUAAACUCCCAUAGAUCCCAUGCUAUGACAGGAAAUCAACAUGCGCAAGAGUAAGGCGCAAGUGAUUGCUGGUUUUAUUUCCAAACAUUUCCUUCCUAUUGGUACAAUAUUUAUCAUUCUUUUCGGGAUUCUCUUUCCAGCUCCAGCAGUUUACGUUCAGGCUAAAGUACCUGUUGUUAAAAUGUGUAUAAUUACAUUAUUUUUUAUCAUCGGAACAAAAUUUCCUUUGAAGGAAAUUCGAUCAGCUUUGCAUUGCUACAAGGAGACGGGCCUGGGAGUAAUUGCUGUUUUACUUCUCACUCCAGUUAUUGGAACGAAAUUACUAAUGAUACCGCAGUUUCGUGAGCUUCAUCCAUCAAGGUUUUAUCCAAACAAGACAACAUUUAACAGUACCCGGUCAAUUCUGGAAUUACCAGAUUUUGGUCCAGAGGAGUUUCGUAUUGGCCUACAGAUAUUUUGCGUAUCCCCGUGUGCAUCAGCAUUUCCAACGGUAGUGAUAACUGCAGCCAAUGGUGAUCGAGCAUUGACAUUGCUGGUAGCAGUAAUAGCAACCAUUAUAUCAGUUUUUACAGUUCCUAUUAUGGCGACAUGGCUGAUACCUGCACUUCGGGCUGCUAGUGUUAGUUUCCUCACCAUAUUGCCCAGAGUUGUGCUGUACAUUCUCCUACCUUUAAUUGCUGGACGACUUCUAAGAUUCAUUGGAUUGGUGAAGAAGUUUGUUGUUAAAGUAAAUACGUCUCUGAAAUUUGUCACGUCGGGGGCUCUUCUUGUUAUGUUUUGGGUGAAGAUUAGUCAAGCGACGGCUAAAGGGGACCUUCAAGAUUUUUCACCUCGAAUGAUUUUGGCUGUGACAGCUCUCGGGACAGCUGUUAUUACGUCAUUUCUCGUUAUGACCCUGGUAUUAUCUUCUCUACUAAGGCUAUCUAAGAAGUCAAUCCUGGCUGUUACCAUACUUUCAUCAGCAAGGAAUUCAAGUAUAGCUAUUGCUGUGAUUGAGAACUUACCAGUUAGUGUUGGAGACAAAGAUCUUAUGUUUUUUCCUAUAAUAUUUGUCUAUCUUGCAAUGAUUGUCAUCAUAAAUAGCUUUGGUUAUUUUAUGACAAUCAAGAAAGAGGAAAAUGACAUUGAGCAAGAAAACGAAAUGCCUGAAAGUAAACCACUGGAUACAGUAAAUCAUGAUAAAAGUGAUAAACACCCCAAGGGAAAGUUAGCUACGCUAGAACAAAAUAAGUUGUCAAACUCUAGUGACAAACUCGCUUUACUUGUAAAUCCGUUGGAACAUGCAAAUAACUUCGCAAGCCAUACCAAAUGUAAGCGCGAUACAUUGACGAACACACAGCAUCUUACAGUUGUAUGAGUAUAUAGAAACAUAUCUACCAAGUGCACCUUUAAUUGUAAUGCAUUAAACAAACACUGAUCGCAAAGCACAGUAAUAGAAAGCUACCAAAUUAUGAAAACCAGCAGUAGACUGGACCGGUAGGGUGAAAACCGUGGGGAGAGGGGAUUAUAUAAGUGGAAAAUGCGGGCUAAGUGGAAAUACAGGACAUAUAUAAAUGGAGUACAUAUACAAAUUACAGGCUGUCAACGGAUAAAAUUGGCUUUGGCGUAUUUUCAAUUCACUCGCUUUGCACUCCCCAUUACAUGCACCCGCAUCUGUAAUAUGUGUUUCCACCGAACCGAACCGACCGGACAUUUAUAUUUAAAUAUUACAGCAUUAUGGCAAUCUACAUAGUAACUACAGCUAACCAGGUGUGUUUGUUAACUA